UUUAUUUAUAUAACUCUAAUUUUCAAAAAAAAAAAAAAAAUAGCCAGAUUUUACCUCCAAAACCCUUACCCCCAAAUCCAAAAAAAAAUCCUCCGCCACCACUGUUGUCUUCGUCCCUGAAAAGCUCUGCCAUUGUCAAUAGUGCAGAGCUUCGAAGAACAUCUCGGAAGAGCUCUCACAAAGUUAGGCGAAAUAAGGUUUUGUAUUUUGAAGGUCAAAAAAAUGGAUGAAAUUGAAAAUGAGAGUUACUCACCUUCUACCUUAGAUCCAUCUAUAGACCUUACUGAUACUGAAACUGAAGAGGGGAACAAUAGAAAAAAACAGAAAGUUAGGCAACAAUCCGAUGUUUGGAAACAUUUUACUAUGAUUGAAGGGGGUGAUCCGGUGGAUCCUAGGGCUGCUUGUAAUUACUGUGGGAAGGAUUAUGCUGCUGACCAUAGGAAACAUGGCACUAGUAGCUUGUGGAAUCACUACAACCAUCAGUGUGAACAAAAUUCAAAUAAGGGUGAUGGAGGUGAAGAGAAAGAAUCUGAACCAAAGGAAGAAGAGGGUGAUUUGGUUGAUACGCCAUUGACUGAAGAAGCUUGCAGGCAUGCUAUUGCGAGGUAUAUAGUAUCGGAGAAGUUGCCAUAUAGUAUUGUUGAGAGUGAGGGAUUUAGGCAGUUCAUUCAGGCUUUCUUACCCAAUUUCGAGCUCUCAAGCGCUACACUUGCAAGAGAUAUUUGCCAGUUGAAUUUGGAUAAGGGGAAAGAUAAGAAAGGUUCUGAAGAAUAAAAGGGAUACCACUUAUAGAUAACACAUGUAUCUUCUUUAAAAUGUUAUUUUACAUGCGUAUCAUUUCAUACUGGCUAGAUAGUGAGUGCAAGUUGUAGAAGAUAUUUAUCAUUCUCUAUUACUUUUUUAUUUUUUAUUUUCUAUGAUAGGGCAUUUUGGUUGAUUUUGGUAGUAAUACUGAAAUGGUACAUUCUGUGAGUUUGUCUUCCACCGGGCUCCUCAUAUUUGACUUCAGAACUCAAACAAGAGCUUUGUAUGGAAAGUCUAGCGAUUUCACUUUACGAUCCUCACCAGGGCGUUUUCGUGUUAGAGCUGUGCAAGAAAAUGGAGGGCCUAGGAGACUAGUAGAUAUCAUCAGAAUUGUACCUGAGCUCUCAAGAAACUAUUUUCGAAGUCCUUCUCGAAGGACCCUCUUCGGGGGUAUCUCUUUGUUGGGUGGUUUUUAUGUUGCACAGACAAUUUCUCUGUCUUUUGGAGCUUUAGGAGUCAAUGAUGUGAUAGCUGCAGUUUUGUGUGUUCUUCUCACAGAGUAUGCUACAAAGUUUUAUUACAGCCGCCCGAAAAUUACAUUUCCUCUUGCUCUUCUUAACAAUUUCAAGAUGGGAUUUACUUAUGGUCUUUUCAUUGAUGCUUUUAAGCUGGCCAGUUAGCUACUCUAAGGCAAAUCAUUCCACAAGAAGCAUCUGUGAUUCCGUAUAAGCUCACGACACUUGUGUGUGUGAUUGAAUCAUUAUUGUAUUCUUGGUUUUUAAGAAGUCACCUAUAUCUAAAAUUGAACUAAUCAAGAGGCCAUUUGUAACUGUCAUUGAAUCGUUAUGGUGUUCAUAGUUUUAAAAA